CUUUAGAGUUCUUGUCUCUCUCGCUCUCUCUCUAUCGUCCGCGCGCUUUCUGCUUGCUCUUUAAACUUUUUUACACAUAUAUCGAGAGGGCACUCUCCAGUCUGUGCUGCUGUACAUCGUCACGCUCCGGGAGUAGCGGACACACAUUCAGUGAGCCUCCUCGUUUAUUUUUUUUUUUUUCAUAAAUUCCCCGUUGGCAAUUGUUUUUGUUUUUUUUCAUUGCUGAUGAUUUGACAUUCAAAUUUGAAAGUGACAUUGUGACAGUAGCAGAUCACGAAUAUCUUGUGCGUCGGGUCUAUUACGGCAAAAACAUACGAAAAAAAAAGGAAAACAUAAGCUAUGAUGAAGUUAGAACACGUCGAAGCAUCGUCGUCCGCUUGUUUGCCGCCGCACCACCAUCACCACCCGUUGAUGAUCAUGGAACACCUGAGUCCGACUAGCGCCUCUUCCUCAGCGGCGGCCCUCCAGGAUUUGAUGCAGCAGCAUCAUUCAAACAUGAUUAGUGGUCACCAUCAUCACCAUCUACUUCACCACCAACAGCAAUUACACCAGCAACAGCCGUCGGUUGAGAGUUCGUUAGCCGAUAGCAGCGAGGACAAAAUCACGACGGCGAGCGUUGCUCCGACAUCGGCCCCCAGCGGGGGAGGUACAGGAUCGAGCAACAAUGCGAGCACAGGUAACGGCGGCAACAACAACAACAACGGCUCAAACAGCAACAGCAGCACCAGCAAGAAAUCGUCAUCUUCAUCGUCCGGAAACGCCGGCGGCGGAGGAACGGCGUCUUCAUCAUCGACGACGGCGGCAUCGGGAGUGAGACGGCAAGAGAAGCCUCCUUAUUCGUACAUCGCCCUGAUCGUGAUGGCCAUCCAGAGUUCGGCCAGCAAGCGGCUGACGUUGAGCGAAAUCUACCAGUUCCUCCAGCAGCGGUUCCCUUUCUUCCGCGGCUCCUACCAGGGAUGGAAGAACUCGGUCCGACACAAUCUCUCGCUCAACGAGUGUUUCAUCAAAUUGCCCAAAGGGCUGGGACGGCCGGGCAAAGGUCACUACUGGACCAUCGACCCGGCAUCCGAGUUCAUGUUCGAGGAGGGCAGUUUCAGGCGACGGCCCAGGGGUUUCAGGCGCAAAUGCCAGGCCCUGAAACCUUAUCACAGUUUCUUCCAGAACGUCAAUCCGGCGGCCGUCACGGCGGCGGCCGCCGCUUCAGCCGCCCAUCUCGCGCUGGCCAAUUCAGGCGCGCCGACUUACGAUCUUCAGCAGCAACAACAAUCGCUCUUGUCGCAGCAGCAACAGCAGUCUCAGCAACAACAACACCAGCAAUCGAGUUGUUCGUCGGGACUCGGCCAACUCAGCCAACAUCAGCCGGACUACGGUAGUUUGCAUGCGAGCUGUUCGUACAACGGCUCGUCGGCUUCUUCGAUUGUGCAACAACAUUACAGCAACGCGUACAGCAGCUCAGGUAGCGGAGGUUACCUGACCAGCUGCAAUAACGGCGCAGAUUAUUACGGCACCAAUGGCGGCGGCGGGGUGGUGGUCACGUCGACGUCGUCGGUUAUUGGCCAGAGCAAUCUCAGUCCCACGACGUCUUCGCCGGCGUGCGAUUGGACCACAAACGCCGCAGCGGCAGCAGCAGCUGCAGCGGCGGCGGCGGCGGCUGCGGCGGCCGCUGCGGCUUCAACGUCCAACAGCAGCGCCAUGCAUUACCAUCAUCACGGCAUGACGAGCCUAUCGUCGAAUUGCGCCAGCAGUUCGGCAGGUAUCGUCCAUCAGCAGGCCUACACGACGAGUAAGACGCCGCACAACAUGAGCCCGGCGUCGUCGGCGUCGCACAUACAUCAUCAUCAACAACAUCAUCAGGACAAUGGGCUGGUAGCAAGUGCCGACGGUAGUUACACGACGGCCAAUUUGCAGGCCAUGGAAGCCGUAGUCGACAUCCCCCUCUCAUCAGAUCCGUGGACGGUGAGCUACAACGCCUAUUAUCGCGGCCGGGAAACGGGUGGAGCGACUAGCAACUACGUCCUUUAGUUUCUCUUCGUCAAGUUGUCUUCUAAUCAACUUUGUUCAUUCUUCACUACGUCCGCCAAAUUAUUUUGCAUACUCUUCGAAUCGUCAUGCCAAUGCAUCCUCAGCAUAAACAGGUGCAGAUUUCAAGACGAAAACAUUAGGCCUUCAUCUUUCUAGGCCUUGGAACGUUAGCAACCGCUUCCAACUGUACAUAAAGGCUACACAACGAUGAAUUCUACCAGUAUCGACAUAUUAUCUUGUCACUGGGUGACGAACCCUUUUUUCUGCAUGACGACACAUCACAGUUAUUGAUGAAAUUAUUAUUUAUGCUACUGCCGCUUUCUUGUGCCAUAACAUCGAAAUUGAUGCACUCUGACCUUGUUCUCGCCAAUAUCACAUAGGGCCUUAUGAUGAUGGGUAUUGCGCUAGUCCGUCUAUGUUUCAGAUGACUCAACCAGUAAUAUGCCGUUCGACUGAAUACUUAUCAUUGUAAUAAUGUUGUAAUAAAUUUAACUCAGUGGUCAAAGACA